AUGACACGUGACGAAAGAGAAGCACUAUCACAAUUACAUUAUUUUGUAAAACAAAAUAUUCCACGAAGAACCAUUUAUUACAUAUUGAACAAGUAUUUACGAUAUGGAAUUGCAAGAGAUCAACCGCGAAGUGGUCGUCCGCUGAAGUUAUCCAACAAAAAGCUGAAUGAUAUCGUCAAAUCUGUGAACAAUCGAUCUGGUAUCAGUCAACGUAAAAUAGGACGACGCUUUCAUGUACAUCAUUCAACUAUUUCACGUAAUCUUCGAAGAAGAACAUCGAUUCGUAUCAGAAAACGUCAAACGGCUCCGAAAAUGGACAGUGAAGACCAAGAAAAACGAGCAAAAACAAAUUGUGGAAAACUGUAUCGUAAAUUGUUGUCUGGUUGUGAUCUGAUCUUAGAUGAUGAAAAAUUUUUCCGUUGA